GGGCCCGGUGCGCGCCUUGGGUUACGACGCAGCGGAAGGCGCAUGGAGCUGUGCGAGGGCGCGCGUGCUGUGCAGUGCACCUAUGAUAUAUAUUUUGAAAAUAGAUGUUAAACUUGAGUUUGAAUGAAAAAUGUCAUUCAAUCAACCUGUGUUUCUCAAAGAAAGUGAAGAAAAGAAUUCAAAAUUUGUGGAAAUACAACAGUCACAAACGACUUCCGUAGUUUCAGAAGAUCCCCUUCAAAACUUAUGCUUAGCAUCUCAAGAAGUUCUUCAAAAAGCUCAGCAAAGUGGGAGAUCAAAAUGUCUCAAGUGUGGUGGUUCAAGAAUGUUCUACUGCUAUACAUGUUAUGUCCCAGUUGAAAAUGUGCCAACUGAACAGAUUCCAGUUGUAAAGCUUCCAUUGAAGAUUGACAUCAUUAAACAUCCAAAUGAAACAGAUGGGAAAAGUACUGCUAUACAUGCAAAACUCUUAGCGCCUGAAUUUGUAGAUAUUUACACGUAUCCUUGUAUUCCAGAAUAUGAAGAAAAAGACCAUGAAGUUGCACUUGUUUUUCCUGGACCUAAGUCUGUCUCAGUAAAAGAUAUUUCUUCUCAUCUGCAAAAAAGGAUUCAAAAUACUGUUAGAGGCAAAAAUGAUGACUCUGACAAACCAUCUUUUAAACUCAAGAAAACUGAAGGACAGGAGGGUUGUGAUUUGAAUGACAGCAAGUGGAAAAGCACAACACUGAAAAAAGUUAUAUUUAUAGAUAGUACCUGGAACCAAACAAACAAAAUAUUCACUGAUGAGCGACUUCAAGGGUUGUUACAAGUUGAGUUGAAAUCAAGAAAAACUUGCUUUUGGCGCCAUCAAAAAGGAAAGCCAGAUACCUUCCUUUCCACAAUUGAAGCCAUUUACUAUUUUCUAGUAGACUACCAUACUGAUGUACUGAAAGAGAAAUACAUAGGACAAUAUGACAAUCUUCUAUUUUUCUAUUCUUUUAUGUACCAGUUGAUAAAGAAUGCCAAAUGCUCUGGAGACAAGGAAACAAGAAAACUUAUCCAUUAAUUUUUCAAGAGAUAUUUUUGUCAUUUUAUUUUCCUAAAAUUAAUAAACUUUUAACUGUGCUUUGCUUAUUCUUAGAAAUCAUCAUCUAUAAUGUCUGCAAGAUGCCUUGAAAAAAAUUCUAGUUUCAUUCAUUUUACCUCAUAUUUUUUUAAAGGAAGUUAUUUCUAAGGAAAUUUUUCAGAUAACAUUGACUGAAAAACUCAUUUCAGAAUUUAUAUGCUCAAGUUUGGCAUUUGGCAUAUUACUUUCAUUACUACAUUUUAAUAUAAUGUGUUAUAUCUAAGUAAUUAUUUUCAUUUGUUUAGGGAUCUUAUAUUUUACCUAUACUCACACCACUUUUAGAAGUAGAUGUGGUUAGAAUCUCCUUGCUGAAAAAGAUGUGAUAAGUGAUUUUUUUGAGUUAGUGGCAAAUACAGGCACAGCUAGAAUUAUAGCUCCAGUCUCCAGGACUGUUUUCAUAAGUCCACACUGUCUGUGAUAGACACGUGCUGCUUUUUACAUCUGUCUGGCAUCUUUUUUGGAAGGGGGAAUUUCUAGCAAUCAUGUGGUCCUGCCAUAGGGAUGGACAUAAGACCCAGUUUAAUAAGCUAAAUUCUCCCCUCUCCUGAACACAGUGGUUGAUCCAGAGAUGAGGACCUGACUCAGUAGCACCAGGGUCCUUUUUGGUAAUUGAUAUGGAUGCUGUAGGAGAUAGGGUUCUUUUUUCAAAAGGCGGGAUGGUGUGGUGGUUAAAGGCACACACUGGAGCUAGACUGCCUGGAUCUCAAUUCCAGCUUUUCCUUUUCCACUUUAUCAGCUAAGUGACAGUUUCAUCAUAUGUAAAGAGAAGGUAAUGCGAUAGCUACUAGCCCUAUAGGAUUAUUAUGAGGGUUAACUGAGUUAAUAUAUCUAAAGGGCUUUUAACAGUGCUUGGCAUGGAGUAAGUGCUAUAUCUGUUUGCUCUUUUUACUUUCUUACUUGGAGUUGUGAACUAAGAAUGAUAAAAACCCUAGAGCUGCUGCUGGUAGCCAUCUGUGUUGCCAGGUAGCUGCCUGCCUUAGAAUGAAGCUAACAAAGGAAAGCAAAGUGGAGUGAUAAAAAGGACAGGCCUGAUGACAUCAUUCAUUCACCUAGAUCUAGCUGCACAUGAAUGGAGCCCUACUAUGCCGUAUGGCUCCUGUUCGCUCCUCUGGAUACAGGCUCCACUCUUCUAUUCUGCUCUCUUCUCUCUGCUCAGUGAGGUAGUAGGCUCCCUUGCCCUCCGGCUUCUGGUUGGGAUCAACAAAUGGGAAGCACCAGCAGGAGGUUGGAGGUUGAAGGGAAAAUGAAAUAAUGGUAUUUAUUUUCCUGGCUUCUUUCCUGCCAAGUCACUAUGGGCUGGCUGUGUUCCUCUAUUGAAGGCCACCCUGUCAGGCACCCCUUUCCAAGUAGUUAUCCCUAUUACUUCUCCAAGUACUGGCCCCUGCUCCCUCGCUUUACCCUGUUUUACUCAGAGGUGGUAAUGGCUCCCAGCUGUUCUUAGCCCCUGGGUACUUCAUUACCCCUUGUUGGUUUCCCUGAACACUGCCCACGCCUUUGUAAAUAGUCAGUUUACUACAGUUUUCUCAAAUGUCCUGGUUUGAAGUUGUUUUCUGUUUCUGGAACCCUGACUGAUAAACCUACCCAUUUUGAUGCUAGAAAUGACAGUACAUUUUUCAAAAUAUAUUCACUGGGACACAUAACAUGUUUUAUGAGAAAAUGAGUUUUUGGUGAAAUUAGUUUGUUGCACGUUAUAGUCAUCUCUUGGAGAUUCAAAAGACACAGCAUAAUAAAGGUUCUGAAAAGCCCUGAAAUAAGUAAGAAUUUUGAACCUUAAGCUAGUAUUUCUUAAACUUACUUGAAUAUAUAACACCUAUUAACAUCCUGUGGCAAUACUGUCCCGCAGCACACAUUUUGGAAUAUUUUAAUUUAAAGCAAUCCUCUGACACUAUAGAUGUGGCAGCUGAGGCCUAAAGAGGCUAAAUAACUUGUGCAUAGGUCACACGACUAGUUAGCAGCAGAACCUGGUCUAGAGUCAGGGACUUCUGAUUAUACUAUGCUAUUCAUGAAAAGAAAUGUGGAUUAUAUAAGGUUUGAACAUUAUUAGCCCCCAUAAUCUUAGCCAAAUGAACUGGCUUGCCUGUUUAGCAAUUAUUUUGUAAGAAUGGAAUUAAAAUGGAUUUCUUCAUGUUUAGAACUUGGCCCUAGGAACAGAGGAAAGUCUGGAUUGAUUUAAACAGGGCCAAAGUUGGAUUUCUCUGGGCUAAAUUUAGAUUCCCUGAGCCAAAUUCUAUUGCCGUUUAACUGGCUGUACAAACCAACUGAACAUAACAGUUAAAAGAGAAAACAAUAAUAAUAAAAGAGAUAGAAUAAUCUUAUCACUCAUUCGCUCCGUCUCACAGCUGGCAAAAGAAAGAUGACCCGCAUAGUUCAUAAAAGCCUAAUUUACAACUAAGGCAAGAUAAAAUCUCAAGUUCUUCCCAAAAGAAGAUAAUAAUA